CAAGUUUAUGCUAUCAAGCGUUGCUUCAUAGAUGACACUGACCAACCACACCUGGCGUAUAUCCUCAGGGAAUUGAGAAUAAUGGGUUCGUUAAAUCAUGAAAACGUUGUUGCCAUCAAGGAGGUCACAUUAUGGAGCGAUCAUAUUUGGAUUGCCAUGGAAAUGAUGAGUUGUUCAAUAUUUGGAUUACUAUGCCAAAUAUCCACUGGACUGCCUGAGGAAAUUGCAGUAUUCCUUGUGGAAGAGUGUCUACAAGGGCUGACCUUCCUUCACUCAAAAGGAUACAUUCAUCGAGAUAUCAAAUGUGAAAAUCUGCUGGUUAGUAAAACUGGCCAGGUAAAACUUGCAGAUUUUGGCUUGGCCACCCCUCUAAAUGUUAUAAAUUCGGCAAGGCUAGGAACUGCCAAAUGGAUGGCGCCUGAAGUCAUAAGGGAAUUAGAGUACUCUGAAAAGGUUGAUGUGUGGUCUAUGGCAAUAACCAUCAUCGAGAUGAUGGAUCGUGUCCCACCGCUAUACUAUUUGGAUAACACUGACGAUAUCUUUGCCGAAAUAUUG